AUGGGGAAUCUCAAUCAUCUCCCGACAGAUAUUUUACUCGACAAAAUUACUCGUUUACCGGCUGAAUCAAUUCAAGACUGCAAAUCAUGGAGAGAUCUUGUUUCUCAUCAUCCAUCAUUCUCUCGAUUGUAUCUAACUCAUCUUAAUCACUUUGCUGAUUCUGGUAAGUUAAGUUUUCUUGUUUUGGCUGAGAAUAAUCUUCACUAUUUUGAAAAUAAUGAGAGUCGUGACGAGAUGCCUAUUCAGAGUAUCAGAAGGUUCAAUUUAAUCUCUCCCUUCAGAAAUUUUUAUUCGUAUAAGGUUCUUGGUACAAUUAACGGUUUAGUCUGUCUUUAUAUACAGGGACAACUUGAUGUUAUAGAGGUUGUCGUAUACACUCUUGGCAGUGGGGAAGGGUGGAGAAAUGUUGGGAGGUUUGAUAGUGAAUAUAUCAAUACGGAUGGUGUCUUUGCAAACGGAGCGCUACAUUGGGUGGAUGUAAAAGGAAGAAGAGUCUUGGCGUUUGAUUUGACCGAGGAGAAGUUUCGUGAACAUAUUACACUACCUCGUUUGCCACCGGGCCAGAGGUCGUUUCAUAGGUAUGCUUUACGGGAAUUGGGUGGAGUUAUGUAUUUCUUUCGAGCGACUGAAGAUUUAUAUUCUGAGAUACGGUUAUUAAAAGAGAAGAAUGAUGAUGUUGACAUGAAAGAAAAGGUGGAACACAAGCCAUUGGGAUGGAGAAAGGGGUUUAGACUUCCGGUCGGAAGAAAACCAUUAGCGUUUACCAAGAGUGAUGGUGUUUUAUGUUACGAUUUUUGGUCUCUCGAUAUCUCUGAGCCAAUAGCUUCGACAUCGAAAGAACUUGUAGAUUGGAUUUUAUUUGAUGACAUAUUCUUUCACAAGAACACUUUAGUUUCAUUGAAAGAAUUAGGAGAAGAAGAGAUAAAAACAAUGGAGCCAGCUGAAAUUGAAGAGACAGAAAGGUGUGAUUUCUCUAGACGAAGCUACUAG